UCCCCAAGUUAACUUUGGGAUCCGGAUUCUCCGGGCGUCCCGCCCCAAACUGCCACUGCUGGGAAGUGGUUGAACUGAGGGUCGGUUGGGAACACGUUUGGGGGAGGGGCGCUUUAAGAAAUUGGGCGUGGCCUCGGCUACUAAGGUAACGCGGACGCUCAGGCAGGGCCUCUGCCCGGUUUUGAGGCCAGUGCUCUUCCUGUUCUUUUCAUGGCACCCAAGAAAGAGAAAGGCGGGACCGGGACCGGCAGCUCUAAGCUAUGGGAACCGUCACUUAUAGCUGCACACUUCAAUGAGAAUGAUUGGAAGGCCUCCAUCGCUUUUGUGGUUGGGAACCAGAUUGAAGACGAUCUUCUCAUCCAUGCCCUCAAGCUGGCAGUCCAAGUCCCUCAGCGUAAACUUUUCAGCAUAGUGUCCUGGCAAGAGAUUCUCAAUGAGAUCAAUGAAAUACAUACAGCUAUUGGUGGUGCUUCGGCUAAAAGGGGGAAAAAGCCUACAGGAGGCAGCGACCCAUUAUUCUAUGAGGUGUUAUUGGCAGCAAAAACAAUUAUGGACAGUGGAGAGAAACUAACUUUACCACUGAUAGGGAAACUCUUGAAAUGUCAACUUCUCCAGGUUAAAUUAAAGGACCAGCAGAGACGAGAGAACGAGAAGAAGAUGAUCGAGGAAAGAUUGAAGUCAGAAAAGGACAAAGGGAAAGCAAAGUCUCCCAAGGAGAAGGUCUCCAGUGCCAAGGCCGCUAAAGGAAAAGGGAAGGACCAGCCUGAAGCUACUGCAGUCAUGAAGAAGACCACGCAGUUAAAACGCAGGGGAGAGGAGGACGAAAACAGAACAUACAUCGACGAUGAGCCAGAUGAUGGUGCCCAACAUUACAUUAUUGUUGUGGACUUCAACAAUCCUCAGCUAUUAGCCAUUAUGACUGAGCUUGGCAUUCCCAUAACCAGCGUGAUUAAAAUAUCUUCAGAAGAUUAUGAGCCUCUGCAGGCCCACCUGGCAGCCAUUAGCCAGCAGCAGGAAACUUUCCUUCCAGAAGCUAUAGAAGCUGAAAAUUUGAAGAGAGAAAAUACCAUAAAGGAGCUUGAAGUUUUCUGGAAGUACUUGGAACCAAUCCUGAAUAAUGACAAACCUGAAACGAAUCUCUUUGAUGUUGCUCGACUUCAGUACACAGUCAAAGCAGAGGAUUUUCCUUCCGACUGGUCAGAUGACGAGAUGAUGCUGGAAUUGGGCACGGAAAUUUUUGAGAACAUUGCCUGUUUGAUGUACGAUAGCCUGGACUGGAAGAGGCAGCACCAGCACUACUUGGAAAGCAUGCAGCUCAUCAAUGUCCCACAGGUGGUUAAUGAAAAAAUGGUGCUGGAAGCCAUACCCAUUCCAGAGCCUCCUCCACCUACUGCUCUGGCCCCUGGAAAGAAGAAAGUGCAAUCUGAAGAACCGCAAGAUCCUCCCCCAGCGUUUAUCAUCACCACUGAAGUAGACAUGAGGUAUUACAAUGAUCUGCUGAAUCCAGUUCCGGAGGAAUUCAUUUCUGUGCCCCUUAUGCUGCACUGUAUGCUGGAGCAGGUCGUAGCAACUGAAGAAGACCUUGUCCCUCCGAGUCUGGUGGAGCCACCGCACAGAGCAGAUGGGUUAGACUACAGGAUUGCGGCUCACAUUGUGUCAAUCCUGCCCUCACUCUGCCUCUCAGAGAGAGAGAAGAAGAACCUCCGUGAAAUAUUCUUAGCUGAAGGAGAAACCGAGAGUAAAGCAGUACCCAAAGGUCCUCACCUACUGAACUAUCACGACGCCCUCGCCCACAAGAAGUACGCACUGAAGGACCAAAAGAAUUUUGACCCAGUUCAAAUUGAGCAAGAGAUGCAGUCUAAGCUGCCCCUGUGGGAAUUCCUUCAGUUCCCUCUGCCCCCACCUUGGAACAGCACUAAACGCCUUGCCACCAUUCACGAACUUAUGCACUUCUGUACAAGUGAGGUGUUGAGCUGGAAUGAAGUAGAGCGAGCCUUCAGGGUGUUUACUUUUGAGAGCCUGAAGCUCUCAGAGGUGGAUGAAACAGGACAGCUGAAGCCUCCUGGGACAACGAGUGGUAUGGGUGCUGAAAAGUUCAACAUACCGUGGGACAAUCCCGCCAAGUUUGCUAAACAGAUAAGGCAGAAUUACAUCCAGAAGAUCAACACCCAGAAGACCCAACCUGGAGCAGAUACUGAGAACAAAGACAGAAUAAUAUUUGUGAAUCAGAAUUGGCCUGAGAUUGUGCAAGAUGCUGAGGAACAUGGAAAUUCUCCAGGUCUUGGUCAGCCUGCUGCUAACAAUGUGAAACUUUCUACCUCCAACACCCUGAGACCCUUAGAUGCUGAUAAAAGAGAACCAUUGGACAAAGAGACCAAGAGAAACACACAGCCCCAUCCAGAGCUUUUAGAGCAGACCACGGAGAAUGAGAUCAAAGAUGAAGCAGUCACAGAGGAUGAUUCUCCUGAAACGAAACCCAAGAAGAUGAUGGUGGAAGUAGAUUUGGAGGACAUAAAGAGCACGCAGCAGCGCAGUCUAAUGGACUGGAGUUUCACUGAACAUUUUCAGCCAAAAGUUCUGCUUCAGGUUCUACAAGAAGCUCAUUAUCAGUAUCAGUGUGUUGAUUCUUAUUACCACACUCAAGACAAUUCUUUACUGUUAGUUUUUCAUAAUCCAAUGAAUACCCAACGCCUACACUGUGAAUAUUGGAACACUGCUCUUCACUCCAAUGUUGGAUUCAGGAAUUAUCUGGAACUUGUUGCAAAGUCUAUUCAGGACUGGACCACAGAAGAAGAGGCUAAGUAUCAAGAAGCUAAAAUGGCUGAGGAGGUCAGCAAGACCAGGGCUGAACUAGAGCUGAAAACCUCUACUGCCAAAAUUUCUUCUAGUAAAAUCUUUUCCCUCAAAAAAUCUAAAAGUAGCAAAGUGAUCAGCAAAACAGAGAUACCAGAACAAGAAAAAGAGAAAGAGGAAGAAAAGAUUCCUUUCGUUUUAGAAGGCUCUCUCAAGGCAUGGAAAGAAGAACAGGAGCGAUUGGCUGAAGAGGAACGCUUAAAGGAAGAGAAGAAGGCAGAGAAGAAGGGGAAAGACUUGGGCAAAAAGAAAGGCAAGGAGAAAGAUGAGAGUACGUCGUUGAAGAAAACGUCUUCUUCCAAGGAGAAAGCCAGGGAAGAUCAAGUAUAUUUGCCAGAAGUAACAGAGGAGUGCCCGCUGCAGCCAGAGCCAGAGACAGCGUACCCGUUUCGAGGAUACAAUAUGGGUGAUACACCCGUCCAAAUCUCAGGGACAAAUUGUUAUCUGUAUCCUUCUGAUGGAGGGCAGAUUGAAGUAGAAAAGACAACAUUUGAAAAAGGCUCAACAUUUAUCAAAGUAAAAGUGAAAAAAGACAAGCACAUUUUCAUAAUUCACUUAAGAGACCCGAAGGAAAUUGUGAAAGAGCAAAAGGAAGAGGAAAAAGAGGAAGCAGAAGAAAAAGUAGAAGAUGACGACAAAGUUAAAGAAAAUAUUGAAACAAAAACACCACAUAUAGAGAAUAAAGCUGUCAGCAAGUUUGGAUCAUUUUCUGCCACUUUAGAAAAUGGAAUCUGCCUCUCAAUAAGUUACUAUGGAUCAAAUGGAAUGGCGCCAGAGGUUAAGGAUCCCUUUUUGGACACAAUGUUAAAUAUCCCUUCAGCACUUACUGCCACAGUGGUUCCUGUUAUAGUGUCUGUUCCUCAAGGAAAAGGAAAAGGAAAAAUAAAGGGCAAAGAAAAAUUCAAAGAUUCCCUUAAAGAAGAGGAACAUCCAAAAGAAGAGGAGAAGAAAGUGAGUGAGUCUUCCACGCAUUUCCAACUCUGUCUACCUCAGUGUUUCCUUUCUUUUUAAUGUUUUACUUUUAUUUUUAUUUAUGUG